AUGCCUCCGAUCCGCCUCGCGACAGCCUCCCCCUCGACGGCCCCCACCACCCCGCAAACCCUCUCCCAGAUCGCCGCCCUCGCCCGCCGCGCCCGCUCUCACGGCGCCGACCUCCUCCUCCUCCCCGAGGCCUUCAUCGGCGGCUACCCCCGCGGCGCCGACUUCGGCUGCAAGAUCGGCUCCCGCCUGCCCUCGGGCCGCGACGACUACCUCGACUACUUCGCCAAGGCCGUCGACCUCGGCGACAACGUCGGCGACGGCGGCGCCGGCGCCGGCGACAGGUGGGUCCGCAGGGAGCUGCCCGCGCAGUUCGCCGACGAGAAGGGGUACACCCGCGGCGACGGCAGCCGCGAGGAGCUCGAGCGCAUCGCCGCCGAGACGGGCGUGUUCGUCGUCGUGGGGUGCAUCGAGAAGGCCGGGGGCAGUCUGUACUGCUCCGUCGUCUACGUGUGUCCCAAGCUGGGCAUGGUCGGGAAGCGACGCAAAGUGAUGCCCACGGCCACGGAACGCCUGGUCUGGGCCCAGGGAUCCCCCUCGACCCUCAAGGCCGUGUCGACCGUGAUCAAGGGCGUGCGCGUCAACCUCGCCGCCGCCAUCUGCUGGGAGAACUACAUGCCCCUCCUCCGCCAGGCCCUCUACGCGCAGAACGUGAACCUGUACCUCGCCCCGACCGCCGACGGCCGCGACACGUGGCUGCCCCUGAUGCGCACCGUCGCCUGCGAGGGGCGCUGCUUCGUCGUGUCGUCCAACAUGGCCGUGAGGCCCGACGGCUCGUCGUCUUCUUCCGCGGUAGCGGACGGCGACGAAGCGGAAAAGGGAGACGCGGACGUGUACGCGCCGCGCGCGAGGCGGAACUCGUGUCUGACCGAGGAGGGAUUCGAGAUCGCGUUGCCCGAGGGCAAGGGAAGCAGCGCGGGAACGACGACGACGACGUCGUCGACGAGCCCGCAGAGGAAGAGGAGGAAGAGCGUGAUUGUGGAGGACGGCAACGAGAUCGUGUUGUGCUGCGACGACGACGAGCCGCCGACGACCAACGGCGUCAAGACGAACGGGACGGCCAAGAGCGCGAGCGCCGCCAAGAGUGCUUCGAAGCUGCGGUCUGAGGACUGGAUCUCCCGCGGGGGUUCGUGCAUCGUCGGGCCGUACGGCGACGUGCUUGCCGGUCCGCAGUGGGAGGAUGACGAGAGUCUGAUCUACUCUGACGUCGACUUUGAGGAUUGCAUCCGCGGUCGUCUUGAUAUUGACACCGCGGGCAGCUACUCGCGGAACGAUUCGUUCAAGUUCUCCGUCGAGGGGCUGGACCUGGACCCGUUGCCGUACUAA